AUGCGCGCCCGCCUCCUUGCAGCCCUUGUGGCUUCCGCUCCACUCGCGGCGUACGCGGCAAUUCCUGCUAGUGCCACACCUAGCUCGUGGCCGCACGACUACUCCGGCAAGCCGUCAGGCGACUACAGUCCUGCAUGGCAGUCCUACUUUGCGGUCACAGACGCUCUUCCGGGCGUCAACUGGACUCUCCCGCGCAGCUUUGCGGGCAACAUUGGCGUCAAUCGCGCCGCGCACCCUAACAACACCCUCUUCUUCUGGGGGUUCGAGAGUGAGAACGGAUCACUCACUGCCGCAGCAGAUGAGCGGUCCUCCGAGCCCUGGGGCAUCUGGUUGAACGGCGGCCCCGGGUCGUCUAGUAUGCUUGGCCUGGUCUACGAGAACGGACCCAUUCACGUUGACGCCGACUCAAAACCUUGGGAAAACACCUACAGUUGGGACAAAGUCGCGGACUACUUCUGGAUUGACCAGCCUGUAGGUGUCGGUUGGGCGACCUCAGAGCCUGAUGGUUACGUCCACGACGAAGAUGAGGUUGGAACCGAUUUUAUGGGUUUCCUCACCAACCUUGUCAAAGUCUUCCCGAGUCUUGCAACUCGGCCGCUUCAUCUGACGGGGGAAAGCUACGCAGGGACUUACAUCCCCUAUAUCAUGAAGGCGUAUUUCCAGCUGGAGAAUCCUCCCGUGAAGAUCUCCAAGUUCGCAAUCGGGGACGGUACGAUUGGAUCUGGUGUUGUUUUUGAAGAGAUCCCUGUCCUCACGAUCAUUGAAACGUACCCCCAACUAAUCGCAUACAAUACCGAGGUCUUUGAAUACUUCCGUGAACAAGAACACCUAUGCGGUUAUGACAUCAACCUCACCUACCCACAGUCCGGAGGCCUCUUUCCCUCCUUUGUGUACACCGAUCCUACCGACCUUAACCGGGCCAACUUCGCGCAAACGCGCCGCGCGAGUCGCAGAAAGCUGGCAAACCUCGCACUGGAUGCCGCUACACUGGCCACUGUCGCGGACGCGAAGGGGCUCAAGAGGCGCACCAGCGAGUGGAUCGCGGAGAAGCGCGAUUUGAGCGACAGGGCGAACGGAACUCUCGAUCCAUGGUAUGGAUGCUACUUGCUGGAGGAGCUGGUUGACUACGCAAUGAACUUCUCUGCACCGUGGAUGAACGUGGGGAACGCGGCGAACGAGCAGGGCUGGGACAUGACGCAGUUCGCGCAGCUAUCCAUGCGCCACAAGCAAGAACUGGGCAGGAUCAAUCUCUUACCCUUUCUUGGUGAUCCUGUCAACGGCUGGGACCCUAGUGUCGAGCCAAUGGCCUUCCUCUCUGAGCUCGCGACCAACAUGUCCGAAAACGACAUUUCAGUCGUCCUUUACAUGGGGAACGAUGACGCUCUCAUCGCCCACCGUGGUUACGAAAUCGUGAUACAAAACACUACCUUCGGCGGCGUACAAGGCUUCACUCGCCGGCCCGCGACGCCCUGGUACGACGAAGCGGGGCUAUCCGCCGGCGUAGUCCACCAAGAGCGCAAUUGGACAUACAUCCUCGUCGAGGACGCGGGCCACCUCAUCCCCUACACCAACCCCUCGCGCGCCCUCACCCUCGCGCGGGAGUACAUCUUCGGAUCCAACACCACCGGGUUGCUCCUCUCCUCCACCGGCCCCGACGGGUUCUCAGUUGAGGGCGGGGAAGUCGCGGCGCUGGCGGUCGACGCGCUGCGGGGCCAAGACGGGAUCUACUUGGGCAGCAUCUCGACGACGUCGACGUUCGUGUACCCGAGCGCGACGAUCGAGGCGUGGGACCGGUACAUCGCGACCGCGACCGCGACGCUGCUCGCAGGGUCGCGACAGGUGACGCAUAAGAGCCUGCGGGGCUGGUGA